CGUCACGCGCUUGCUUUUCAACCAGCAGUCUGUGUGCGGAUAAGUUCUACAUCCUGCCUCUGUCCGUUCGAGCAGAAAACAUCAAGUCAUACACACUUUGACUGUUUGAACAUUUGCGACCUUUAACGUAACGAAACAGCGUCGUCAUGUGCGGACGGACUGCGUGCACGCUGGCUCCCGACGAGGUGAGCCGAGCCUGCUGCUACAGGGACCGGGGAGGACAGCGGAGGCGGCCCGGCUGGAGGGACGGAGAUGCAGACAAGUACCGACCCUCUUACAACAAGAGUCCUCAGUCCAUGAGCCCCGUGCUGCUCUCACAGAGACACUUCGACAAGAAUGCUGCUGUGGAUGAGUGCGUGCUGGCUUCAAUGCGCUGGGGCCUGGUGCCAUCCUGGUUCAAGGAGAACGAUCCAAGCAAGAUGCAGUACAGCACAAGCAACUGCCGCAGUGACAGUCUGCUGGGGAAGAAAUCUUAUAAGGGCGCUCUACUUAAAGGACAGCGCUGUGUGGUUCUGGCUGAUGGUUUUUAUGAGUGGAGGAGGCAGGGGAAGGACAAGCAGCCAUUCUUCAUCUACUUUCCGCAGGCUGAGAGGAAAGCAGAUCGGGAUCACGUGAUGACUUCAGUUCCUAAUAAAGAGAAUCCUGGGACUGUUUGCCCUCCAGACGUGACACCCCCUGAACUGUCAGAGGAAGAAUCACUGAGUGAAUGGACUGGAUGGAAGUUGUUGACUAUGGCUGGACUUUUUGACUGCUGGACGCCUCCAUAUGGGGGAGAAGCCCUUUAUACCUACAGCGUGGUAACUGUUGCUGCUUCACCAAACCUGCAAAGUAUCCAUGACAGGAUGCCAGCAGUUCUGGAUGGAGAGGAUGAAGUGAGAAGAUGGCUUGAUUUUGGUGAGGUGAAGUCUUUAGCUGCCCUGGAGCUGCUGCAGUCUAAAAACAUCUUGACUUUCCACCCCGUCUCUACGCUAGUCAAUAAUUCACGUAACAACUCUCCAGAAUGCCUGCAGCUGGUGGAUCUUCAGAAAAAGGAUCCCAAGUCCACAGGCAGCAGUAAGAUGAUGAUGAGCUGGCUGAGCAGUACAGCUUCCAAGAGGAAGGAGAGUAAAGAAGAGAGCACAGUGGAGACUCAGUCCAAGCCUGCAGGACCACUUCAGCAGGGAGCCAAGAAGAAACCAAGAAUCAACUGAAGAGACUGCAUUUCUG